CUCCACCUUAUCAUCUUUCGCCUAUCCUAAACCCACACUACUCGUCUAGAAACACAAAAUUUGAAGGAGUAGCCAUGACCAUCACUCAGCCCAUCCCGUCUCCUGCGCUGUUCCAACCCCUUCGCGUCGGCGCUUCCGAGCUCAAGCACCGUGUCGUCCUCGCCCCGCUCACACGUCUGCGGAACCACGCGUCGCAUGUCCCAGGCCCAUUGUUAGCAGAGCACUAUGCCCAGCGCGGGAGCGUCCCCGGAACACUCCUGAUAAGCGAGGCGACAUUUAUCGCACCCUGUGCGACGGGCAUCGCGCAUGCGCCCGGGGUGUGGAGCGAUGAGCAGGUUUACGAGUGGAAGAAGGUCACAGACGCAGUCCACGCCAAGGGCUCCUUCAUCUAUUGCCAGCUCUGGGCUCUCGGGCGUACUGCUGAUGAAGGCGAGCUCAAAGCUAACGGCGAGUCGUAUGACGUCGUGGGGCCCUCAUCAAUCGCGCUCACCCCCGAGCAAAUGGUGUUCGGCGUGCCAGUGCAGCCUCGCCCGCUCAGCGUACCCGAGAUCAAAGAGUAUGCGAAGCUCUAUGCUCAGGCGGCGAGGAACGCGGUCGAGCGCGCAGGGUUCGACGGGGUGGAGAUUCACGGCGCUAGCGGGUACCUGCCCGACCAGUUUUUGCAGGACGUAAGUAAUGACAGGACGGACGAGUACGGCGGGAGCAUCGAGAACAGGUCACGGUUUACGCUCGAGGUGGUCGAUGCUAUCGUUGCGGCUGUGGGCAAGGAGCACACGGGGAUUAGACUGAGCCCAUGGGGUAGCGUUCACGGCAUGUGCUUGGUGGACCCCAUCCCGACAUUCUCGUACCUCACGACGCAGCUCGCCGCACGUGAUAUCGCGUACAUCCACGUUGUCGAGCCUCGGCUGCAGGGAUACGACGUGAUUGAGGACUACCCAGGGUCAAAUGACUUCAUACGCAAGAUUUGGGGCAACAGACCGUUCAUCGCUGCUGGUGGAUUCAAGCGUGAGAAUGCGAUCAAGGAUGCAGAGGACAAGGGCGGACUCGUCGCAUUUGGGCGAUUGUAUAUCUCGAACCCUGACCUGCCCAAGCGCCUGGAGAAGAACUUGGAGCUCACGCGUCCUGACCGAUCGAUGUUCUACUUGACCGGUGAUCUGACGUCCAAAGGAUACACGGACUGGCUGUUCGCGGAGGAGGGCAAACUUUAG